GGGAGCCCCCGCCCCCACCUCGGGGCGCAGCCCGGGACGGGUGUAAAUACAACUGUCGUCCAUGCUCCCCUUUUCGGAUCGUUGGCGCCAAGCGGGUUCCUAGCUCCCCGACUUCUUCCUAGGGGGCAGAGGAGGCAAGAACACCGGACUGUCUGGCUGAAGCGCUGGGAAGCCAGCAGCGCCUGUGCAGCUUAAGGCCGGGCCGGCGGGACCCCAGACGCCUGGCGUGUGGACGCGCCGCCCCGGCGCUUCGCUCCCUGAGGCGCCCGAGGCUGCAGGGGGCGCGUUCACGCCGCUCGGAGGCUCGCGGCCAGCAUGGCCCCCACGCUGCAGCAGGCGUACCGGAGGCGCUGGUGGAUGGCCUGCACGGCGGUGCUGGAGAACCUCUUCUUCUCCGCCGUGCUCCUGGGCUGGGGCUCCUUGCUCAUCAUGCUCAAGAAGGAGGGCUUCUAUGCCAGCCUAUGCCCAGCUGAGAACACCACCAACAUCACCCUGGACAAGCAGCCCUUGUGGCCAAGCUGUGACCUGCAGGACGAGAUGCUCAACCUGGGGUUCACGAUUGGUUCCUUUGUGCUCAGUGCCACCACCCUGCCACUGGGGAUCCUCAUGGAUCGAUUUGGCCCCCGGCCAAUGCGGCUGAUAGGGAGCGCCUGCUUUGUGGCAUCCUGCAUCCUUAUGGCCUUGGCCUCUCGGGACACCGAAGUUCUGUCUCCAUUGAUAUUCCUGGCGCUGUCCCUGAAUGGCUUUGGUGGCAUCUGCCUAACGUUCACUUCGCUCACUCUGCCCAACAUGUUUGGGAACCUGCGCUCCACAUUCAUGGCCCUCAUGAUCGGCUCCUACGCCUCUUCCGCCAUCACGUUCCCCACUAUCAAGCUGAUCUAUGAUGCCGGCGUGGACUUUGUGGUCAUCAUGUUCACCUGGGCUGGCCUGGCCUGCCUCAUCUUCCUGAACUGUGCCUUCAACUGGCCCAGCGAAGCCUUCCCAGCCCCUGAGGAGGUCAAUUACAUGAAGAUGAAGCUCAGGGGGCUGGCCCUGGACCACAAGGUGACAGGUGAGCGCUUCUACGCCUACAUGACCACGGUGGGCCAGCGGCUAAGCCAGAAGGCCCACAGCCUGGAGGACGGGAACGACGUCUUCAUCGCAUCCCAGGGUGUCCGUCACACCUCAGAGACCCCUUCUGAGAGGUCCAUCCCGUUCCGCAGGAGCCUCUGCUCCCCCAUCUUCCUGUGGAGCCUCCUCACCAUGGGCAUGACCCAGCUGAGGAUCAUCUUCUACAUGGCUGCCAUGAACAAGAUGCUGGAGUACUUUGUGACUGGUGGCCAGAAGCAUGAAAUGAAUGGCCUGAGACAAAGGGCAGCAGAGACAGUUGGGUUCUACUCCUCCAUCUUUGGGGCCAUGCAGCUAUUGUGCCUUCUCACCUGUCCCCUCAUCGGCUACAUCAUGGACUGGCGGAUCAAGGACUGCGUGGACGACCCCACCGAGGGCAUUGCCCUUGGAGACGCCAGGGAUGGGAUCACCACCACAGCCCCCAAACGGCGCUACCGCAAGAUCCAGAAGCUCACCAAUGCCAUCAACGCCUUCACCCUGACCAACUUUCUGCUCGUGGGUUUCGGCAUCACCUGCCUCAUUAGCAACUUACAUCUCCAGUUUUUGACCUUCGUCCUACAUACCGUUGUUCGGGGUUUCUUCCACUCCGCCUGUGGAGGCCUCUACGCUGCCGUGUUCCCUUCCAACCACUUUGGGACGCUGACGGGCCUGCAGUCCCUCAUCAGUGCCGUGUUCGCCCUGCUCCAGCAGCCACUCUUCAUGGCCAUGGUGGGACCCUUGGAAGGAGACCCCUUCUGGGUGAAUCUGGGCCUCCUGAUAUUCUCACUCCUGGGAUUCCUACUACCUUCCUACCUCUUUUACUUCCGUGCCCGACUCCAGAGGGAGUACGCCGCCGGCUGGACAGACCCUCAAAAGGUGCUUGGCAGCUUCGAGCUGACAGAGGUGUAGACCUCGGAGGCCCAGGGACCUGAAUGCCUGAGCAACUAAAGGGAAUGCCCCCUUGUGGCUUGUCUACCUGUAACAUACGCACAGAGCCAGGGGCCGCGGAUUUAUAAAUACCCAGAGUUCUAUUUUUGUAGGGACUUGCAAAAAAGGAAAAAAAAAAAAACCCCUAAAAUAAUCUCCCAAAGCAAGGCUCCGUUGACUGAAGAUAAGCCCUGUGCUGGAGGGACUGGGCCUUCUUCCCUUCUUCCUUAGAUUGGAGGAGACCCGUUCUCUGGGCCUUCGUCAUGGGGAACCUGUCUCUUGGUGCCUCCUAGGGGCUUGUGGGGUCAGCAAAUGGGCUGUCUGCCCCUAAGGUCUCAGCUGCACAAUGCCACGAGCUUGCACGCGUGCAUGUGUGUGCCUGUAUGUGUGCGUGUGUGCAUGUGUAUGCACACAACAAACUUCCCCUUGCAAGGAAGGGGGCCUGAGGGUGCUGGCUGUGUCCUGGAAGAGGUGUGGGGGGCAAGCUCCUUCCAGGGGCCGGAGGGCGGGUUCCCUCCCUGGUGCCACUUCUUGCUGGUCUUAGAGGAAAUAAAAACGGAAAGUGAGAGACUGGCUGGUGUGUGCCUGUGCCUGGGGGUGGGUGGAUGUCUUCCUACAACCCCCUUCCCUUCUCACCCAGACUCAGCUGGGCAUUAAGUGGGACGCUGGCAGUGCCAGCCUGCCCCCUUCUGGCUAUCUGGCUCACCCCCCUGUUCCCAACCAUGCCUUGCCCUUAGUGUCUGGAGGGAGUCCAGAUCCUGGCCCCUGCAUCUGCUCCCCACUUCACAGGGUGGUUGAGAUGUUCAGGAGGCCAGCCUUUUUCCUGACAGGGGAUCCGGGACAGGAUGCUUUAGCGAGAGCAUUAAGGGCUGACUCUCAAGUGCACCCACCAAUGCAUCCCUGGGGGGCUGCUGAAACUAAGCCUUCUUUGUGGUCUCCAAUUUUAUCUUAAAAUUUCAUGCAAAUUUUGAGUUCUACUCUAUACUAUAUUUACAGUUGCUUUGAACAUUAAAGUGAGGUUUUAAAAUUACCUACAGUGAGGGGAAAACAACAUCUUUGAGGAAAGGGCCUUCCAGGAAGACAUACCUUAUUUAUCCUGGGCCUUCUGGAGUCCCCCGUACACCUGCUGGUGCCCCGGGGCAUACGCCUUAGAGGCUAGAUUAAGUCAGAGAUUGAUGGGGCAGGGAGGGGUGACCAACAUUUGAGGAUCUGCCUGUUCUACACAAGUAUCUCAUUAAAUCCUAACUAUAGCCCAAGAUAUUUUCAGUCACCUUACAUGCAUGCAAAAGCUGGACAAUGAGUAAGGAAGAUUGAAGAAGAAUUGAUGCCUUUGAAUUAAGGUGUUGGUGAAGAAUACUGAAUUUACCAUGGACUGCCAGAAGAAUGAACAAGCUUGUCUUGGAAGAAGUACAGCCAGAUUGCUCUUUGGAAGCGAGGAUGGUGAGACUUUGUCCCAUGUACUUUGGACAUGUUAUCAGAAGGGAUCAGUCCCUGGAGAAGGACAUCAUGGUUGGUAGAGGGUCACCAAAAGAGAAGAAGAACCCUCAACAAGAUGGAUUGACACAGUGGCAGCAACAAUGGGCUCAAACAUGGCAACGAUGGUGAGGAUGGCACAGGACCCAACAGUGUUUCAUCCUGCUGUACAUGCUAUGAGUCAGAACCGACUCCACGACACCCAACAACAGCAUAGCCCAAGAGGUCGGUAUUGUCAUCCCUGUUUUAUAGGUUGAGGAAACAAGCCCCAAAGGUUAAGACACAAGCCUAAGGGCAUGCAGCUGAUAGGUGAUAGAGUUGUCAGAACCCGGCCAUUUUGCCUGCAGAGCUCUGGCCACAAGGGCCAUCGGGCAGAAAGGAGGCCCCACGCUUCUCAGCCCCAGCUUUCAGCUGCCCACUCAUGGCUGAGAGUGACCUCAAAGGCCUUGUCCACCCCCCCAAGUCUAAGACUCCAGUUGUUGGUUGUGUGCUGGAGAGUUAUUUCUGACUCAUAGCAACCCUAUAGGACAGGGUAGAACUGUCCCACAGGAUUUCCUAGGCUUUCCGAUAGCAGCUAGAGCACUCAGCCAUUUUGCCACCAGGAUUCCUUAAAACCCCAUGAGAACGGCAAAUGUUAGGCCUGGAAGACAGCAUUAAAAAUAAGCUAUUUUCCCUUCUUUUGUCUUAAAUUUUCUUUGUUAGUAAGAUAAACCUACCCACCCAUUUUACACAGUUGAGAAAACAUGUCCAGAGGGGUCUGGAGACUUGGCAAAGACCCAUAGCUGAUCUCUGGUUCCUGAACCCAGACUCCUGACUUCCAACCCAGUGCCCUUUCUGCAAAAUAGGAAAUCAGGGCUGGACAGCACCCACUAAGG